UUUCCCUGCCCACCUCUCUCCCUCUAUAGUGCCAGCUUGUUUACUUGUAGAUCCAGGCUCUCCUGCCCCUCUCUCUCUCUAGCUCAACAAGUGCAGUGCUCUAGAUCCUCUUUCCUAUAGCAAGAUCCAUCUCUCUGCUGCUUCAUUUCUCCGUCAAGAAUUGAGCACACAUGAAGAGGCCCACCACCAGAGGAUCCUCAAUGGUCAGCCAAGCAACCACAGAUCAACAAGAAGACAGCUGCAGGUACAUGGAGCGGCACGGAGUGGACGGCGAUGGCACCGCCGCGGCUGAGCGCGACGACGUGGAAGCCGGGGCGUACGACGAGGAGGAGGACGAUGAGGAGCUCGCAGGGUCCCGCGGCGGCCUCGGGGAGAAAAAGAGGCGUCUGGCGGCGGAUCAGGUGCGAGCGCUGGAGCGGAGCUUCGAGGUGGACAACAAGCUGGACCCGGAGCGCAAGGCCCGGAUCGCGCGCGACCUCAGCCUCCACCCACGCCAGGUCGCCGUCUGGUUCCAGAACCGCCGCGCGCGCUGGAAGACCAAGCAGAUCGAGCGCGAAUUCGCCGCGCUCCGCGCACGCCACGACGCGCUCCGCGCCGAAUGCGAUGCGCUCCGCCGCGACAAGGACGCCCUCGCCGCCGAGAUAAGGGAGCUGAGGGAGAAGGUGGAGAGGCAGAUGGAUGUGAAGCUGGAGUCCGCGGAGGAGAUGCUGCCGGUUGCGGCGGGGACAGCCGCCGCCGUCGCCACUGUCUACAAGGACGGGUCUACGGACAGCGACUCGAGCGCCGUGUUCAACGAGGAGGCGUCGCCGUACUCCGGCGCGGCCUUCGACCAUCAGCACCAGCACCAACCCCACCCGAGCUUCACGGGUUUCACCUCGUUCCUGGCCUCAUCGAGCUCCCUGAACUCCUCUUUUCCUUCUUCCUUGUACCAUGGGGUUUCCCAUUUGGACCAGGAAGCGGACGGCUUCCUCAGCGCUACCGCCGCCCACGGUUUCUUCGCGGAUGAGCAGGGCUCUGGCCUCGGCAGCUGGUACGGCGGCGAGGGUUGGUAGAGGUGAGCUGUUGGCUGGCAGGAGAAUUGGUGUCCACAAUUCCUGUAAAAAUAUGGCGCUGUGUAUGCAUGCAUGGGGGGUAACUAGGUAGAGUCAAUUUCUAUAGUUUUUACCGGCUGGGGAACAGGCAACGGAAGGAGGAGAUAGGUUCCUGGGUUAAUUCUUAGACAUCUCUCUGUCUCUCUCAUAAACUGUUGACAAGUAUAUAUAUCCUUCUGUCACAUUCAUGUCAGAGAGAGAUAGCUACAUGUAGAAACACAGGAGGAAAUUAAGAGAGAGAGGGGGAGAGAGAGGAUUAAUAAGGAGACUGAGAGAGGAUUAAGGAAAUGCUUGAGGGUGCAAAUGUAAACUGGAGGCUUUGGGGGUAGGCAGUACUUGGUCUUCAUUCUAGCUAGGUUACAAGUUAAAGCCUAGCUGUUGUAAAUCAUUUACUUUAUAUAUAGUACAAAUAUAUAUAUGUGGAGGCAGAUCAUGGAACAAGGGUGAAAAGUAAAAACGAGUGAGAGUAAGUUAGCCGCGCCCCUUGUGUUUGAACUUUGAAGUGAUCUAUCUGUGGUAAAAGUAAACUUUUCACAUGCCAUAUUUGUGCCUAGAUUUUCAUCUUAGGAUGUGCUUCUUUAGGCAACAAUGGAAGUGAAGCAAACCAAUGCAAAGCUACUGAUGCAAGCGUGAUAGCGACAAGUGGGCUUGUUAAAAAACCAUGGCGCGGCGCAAAAGAAAGGUCUCUAGCUAGCUCUGCCGCCUGAAAGGAAGGGGAGAGAGGAGAAUGCGGCCCGGCCCUCCACACAAUAUUGUAAUGCUCCGGUGAGGACCAGCAACGCAAGCGCCUACAGGGUGACCUGCCUACUAGUAUAAGAUACCGGCUGGUGUGGGCCCGGCCCGGCCCGGCCUCUCUUCUAGAUGCAUCUUGGAAAGCGAUGCGCGCAAUGAGCUAAGCCAAUGGCUCAGAUCCAACAUAUCUGCCCGCAAUAUUUUUCAUGUGUGCAUGAGCAGCGACGUCGUCAUUGGGUGAUCUUGACAUCACCUGAGUUUGAAUGUAAUGUGAUGUAUGCGGAGUGUGUAUGGGAGCGAUCUAGUUAAUUUGAGUGGAAGUGUCAUCUGCGAGGAGAUCAGGGUGCGCAUUUGAAGUGGACAAACUAAUAA